CCUGGAGGCCCACUAAGAAGGUCUGCUCUUUAGGCCAGUUGGGCUUCCUCCACUAGAGAGAAAACAGAAGACUUGAAGUACUUCUGGGCCUCCAUCAUGUGGAAAACCCCAGAUGCCAACUUCUCCUGCUACCACGAGUCUGUGCUGGGCUAUCGUUACGUGGCUGUUAGCUGGGGGGUGGUGGUGGCUGUGACGGGCACCGUGGGAAAUGUGCUCACCCUGCUGGCCUUAGCCAUCCAGCCCAAGCUCCGCACCAGCUUCAACCUGCUUAUCGCCAACCUCACCCUGGCCGACCUGCUCUACUGCACCCUUCUCCAGCCCUUCUCAGUGGACACCUACCUCCACCUGCACUGGCGCACGGGUGCCACCUUCUGCAGGGUGUUCGGACUCCUCCUGUUCGUUUCCAACUCCGUCUCCAUCCUCACCCUGUGCCUCAUUGCCCUGGGACGCUACCUCCUCAUUGCCCACCCUGUGCUCUUUCCUCAAGUGUUCAGUGCCAGGGGGACAGUGCUGGCACUGGUGGGCACCUGGGUGGUGGGAGUGGCCAGCUUUGCCCCCCUCUGGUCCAUUUAUAUCUUGGUCCCCGCAGUCUGUACCUGCAGCUUUCACCGCUCCCAAGGCCGGCCUUAUACCACCAUCCUCCUGGCUGUCUACUUUGUGCUUGGGCUCGGCAGCGUAGGCAUCUUUUAUGGCCUCAUCCAUCGACAAGUGAGACGAGCGGCCCAGGCACUGGACCAGUACCGGCUGCAGCGCGCAAGCACCCGCUCCAACCACGUGGCUGGGACGGAUGAGGCUAUGCCUGGGCGUUUCCAGGAGCUGGACAGCGGGCUGCCAUCGAGAGGGUCCAGUGAAGGAAUUUCAUCCGAACCCGUCAGUGCUGCUACCAGCCAGACCCUCGAAGGGGACUCAUCGGAAGCAAGGGGCCAGGGAGAGAGCAAAGCCGCCAAGCAGAUGGCAGAGAAAAGCCCUCCAGAGGCACCUGCCAAGGCCCCGCCAACCAAAGGAGCCCGAAGAGCUCACGACUCCCCGGCAGAGUUUGGGAGAGUGACUCGUAUGUGUUUCGCGGUGUUCCUCUGCUUCGUCCUGAGCUACCUCCCCUUCUUGCUGCUCAACCUCCUGGAUGCCAUGAUCCAGGCCCCUCGGGUGCUCCAUAUGCUUGCUGCCAACCUCACCUGGCUCAACAGUUGCAUCAAUCCAGUUCUCUAUGCAGUCAUGAACCGCCAGUUCCGCCAGGCUUACGGCUCCGUGUUAAAACGAGGGCCCCAGAGUUUUCGUAGGCUGCGUUAGAACUCCGAGCCCACGCGCCAGAACCAAGGGCCACCGGCUCUUUAAACACCAAACCAGGCAGCUGAUAGAUAAACAGAAAAAAGACCUUUGGACUGUCCACCAAGCUACCCCACUCCUCCACCAGUGUUUUCAGCCCUAGAAUGAAUG